GGUCACGUGGUGUUGUGAACAAAACUAUUGAUCUUAUGAUCCGGCUCCGAAGUGUAAACCUCUCCGGCUUCUUCACGCUUCCUACGACCUUAUCGACCUUACACAAAUAUGCCAUUCAAACUAGGAAUCCUGGAAAGGCUCAACAAUGGUGAGGUGAUUAUCGGUGAUGGAGGAAUGAGCCACGCCCUGGAAAAACGCUGUUACGUAAAGAUUGGUGUGUGGACUCCUGAAUGCGUGGUGGAGCACCCAGAAGCAGUCCGACAGCUUCAUAGUGAAUUUCUGAGGGCUGGUGCUGAUGUUAUACAGGCCUUUACAUUUGCCAUGCAAGACAAGCCUCUUGUGUCUGCUGGGUACAGUUAUAAGUGGGAUGAAAUCAGCCGUGCUGGAAGUAUCUUGGCAAAGGAAGUAUCUGAUAAGGGAGAAUUUGCUCUUUCAUCAGGAUCCCUUUGUGAGACUGGCUCACUCUUUAUUAAGGGCCUUGCCACAAAAGAGGAAAUCAAGCAGAGGUUUAGAGAUCAGGUCAAAAUCUUUGUGGAUACCGGAAUGGAUUUACUCAUUGCUGAGUACAUCUCACAUGUCCAAGAAGCUGAAUGGAUGGUUGAGGUGAUGAAGGAAAGUGGGAAACCUGUGGCUGUUACCAUGGCAAUAAGUCGUGAGGGUGAUCGUCAUGGUGUGUUGCCAGGAGAAUGUGCUGUUAGAUUGGUUCGUGCAGGUGCAGAUAUUAUAGGAGUGAAUUGCCGAUUCGACCCAGAGCGGAGCCUGGAUACUAUCGCCCUGAUGCAAGAGGCCAUCCAAAGGGAAGGGCUGAAAACUCACUGGAUGGUCCAGCCCCUGGGAUAUUGGUGUCCCGAUGCUGGUCCAUCAGGCAUCACUAGUAUUCCAGAAUGUUCUUUAGCUGGCGAAUGAACGAGGUCGAUUUCCACCGGGCAGUGACAAGAGUUGUCUGUGGGGGAAGGCCCUAGUACAUCACACGGAGCCUCAAAUUGCUCGAAGGGCAAAUCGCGAGUAUUGGGAGAAUCUCGUACCUGCCACCGGUAGGCCUUUCUCAGCAGCUUACGCCACCACUGAAGAUACCUGGAAGACUUUACAAGACGACUAAGGUGUCGUCCACAUUAACACGGA